CUGAACGCUAAUCACAUGACCAGGCAGGGCUGCUGCUGCUGCAGCUGGUGUUGUCGAGCUGUCACAGAGAAACUGUCAAACACACACUUAUUGGAUUCAUUUUGUCCCAAGAUUUUCUCUGGCGUGAUGGAGUCAUUAUGGGGUGGAUUGCACACCCCGUGAAAUGUGGACCAAAGCAAGAAUCUCCCAACCGGCAUCUCUUUUCCCAAAACACAUCCUGCCGCUGUCAUGGCCUCCAGUUAUCCACCCCCCUUUGAAGGAACAGGUGAAGUGAAGGAGGGUUUUCUCUGCCCACUUUGCCUGAAGGACCUUCAGUCAUUCUACCAACUCCAAGCCCACUUUGAAGAGGAGCACUCUGGGGAUGACCGCGAUGUGAGGGGACAGAUCAAAAGUUUGGUUCAGAAGGCAAAAAAGGCCAAAGACAAGCUGUUGAAACGGGAUGGAGAUGACAGACCGGAUACAGGCAGUUAUGAGUCAUUCUACUAUGGAGGAGUGGACCCCUACAUGUGGGAGCCUCAGGAACUGGGAGCGACCAGAAGUCACCUUGACUUCUUUAAAAAACACCGGGCAGCCAGGAUAGAUCAUUAUGUCAUUGAGGUCAACAAGCUCAUCAUUAGACUGGAAAAGUUAACAUCGUUUGACAGGAUGAACUCUGAUAUCGCCAAAAUCAGAGCUAUUGAGAAGUCAGUGGUGUCAUGGGUGAAUGACUCGGAUGUCCCGUUCUGUCCUGACUGUGGAAACAAGUUCAACAUCCGGAACAGGCGGCACCACUGCCGUCUCUGUGGGUCCAUCAUGUGCAGGAAGUGCAUGGACUUCAUCCUUUUACCUAUGGCUCAAAAGCUGAUCAGCGGGACUCGAGUUAACCUCGGUGUACUUGGAAGCCCCGUUCAUUCCCAUUCUCCCCAAGUAGGGGGGGGGAACAGUGGGAUGGGCUCCAGGAGAGGCAGCAUCAGCAGCCUGAGCAGCGUCACCUCCAUGCUGGAGGAGAAGGACGACGAGAAGAUCCGCUGCUGUCACCACUGCAUGGACACGCUGCUGAAGAGACAGCAGAAGCUGGAAGAGAGGGACCACAUGCCGGAUGUUGUGAAACUUUAUGAGAGGCUGAGGAUGUGCAUGGAGAAAGUGGAUGAAAAGGCUCCAGAAUACAUAAGAAUGGCAGAGUCGCUCAAUGCCGGAGAAACUACAUAUAAUCUUGACACGGCUGGUGGACUGAGACUGGAAGUGCAGAAAUACUACGAACUAAUCGAUGCCCUAAGUAAGAAGAUUUUAACACUAGGAGCAAAAGAUGAUCCACCACCGCGUCCAAAGUCCCUCCAGCUGCAGAAGAUGAUCAGAUACACAGCAACACUAUUUGUUCAGGAGAAGCUGUUAGGUCUCAUGUCUUUACCCACUAAAGCAAAAUAUGAAGAGCUGAAAGAAAAGAGGAAACAGGAGCAAGAGAAGAGACUCCAACAAGAGAGACUGGUCAGCCAGGAGACCCUGAAGAAGAGGCAGGAGUCUGAGAAGAACCGUCCAACCCCCAGUACCAACGGAGAGCAGCCGCAAGCCCCUAGAGCCCCACGCAUGACCAAAGCUGGCGGCUGGUUGCCCUCCGCAGACUCCGUCCAUACCCGCAGUGAGCUGGAGGACCCCCUGCUGCAGCAGAUUGAAAACAUACGGUCGUUCAUUCGCCAGGCGCGGGAGGCCAACAGAACAGACGAGGUGGCCAUGUUGGAGGAGAACCUGCGUCAGCUGCAGGACGAAUACGACCUGCAACAGACCAGCCUGGCCAUCGCACUCUCCCAGAAGAUGGCCGAGGAGGAGAGCUUGCAGCAGGGGGAGCUGGACCGCCUGGAAGCGUGGGAAAGGGACGAGAGGGAGCACUGGGGCCCCACGGUGGGCCCCACCCAGCCCUCCUUCACUUGGGAGAGGUCUCUGAAUAUCAGUACGCCAACGGGCUUCCAAGGAAACCCUGAGACAGAGGAGCUGACUCCCAAAGCUGAGAGUCCGUCCUCUGUCAGAGCGUUCCCUGCUCUCACGAGCCAGGAGGAGUCACCCCCUCGGUUGAGAAGCUUAGGGGGGCAUGUGACCCCCCCGGGUGGUGAAGGACAGAUCAACACCCCCCUCAACCCUUUCGAUGAAGAGUCUACCCCCACUGAGGAGGAUCCAUCCAACCCCUUCUUCGAGGAAAUAAAGAGAGAACACAAAGAGGUGAGCAACGGGAAGAAAGAAUACAACCCGUUCGAUGAAGAUGAAGAGGUGGAGGAAGACCAACAGGCCGAGUCGGCACCAGGCAACCCCUUCGAGGAGGACGGCACUACCGACACAGGCAACCCUUUCUUGGAGGCGUCCGGGAGCUCUCCAGAGGUCUCCACCAACCCCACCAACCCCUUCGAAGGGGACGAUGAUGAGGCUUUGCCCGACGUGGACAUGAUAGAGGAAGAGUUGCUCCUGCAGCAGAUUGACAACAUCAGGGCCUACAUUUUUGACGCCAAGCUCAGCGGGCGUCUCGAUGAAGUGGAGCUCCUGUCAGAGAACCUCAGAGAGCUACAGCACACCCUUACAGAACAAAAAAAAAAGAAGCACUGAUACCUUUCACAACAAAAAACAAGUUUACCCACCUGCUACUUACCAAGUCCUGCGAGGCUAGCUCACUUUACAUGAUGACUAAUGAGCCCACUGAUUUUAGUCUGGGUGAGGUCUGCUGAACCACAAAAAGAUGAGUCACUAAAUGAAAUGUGUACUAGAGCGUGGUAGUCUGGAUUGAUUUCCUUAAUUUCCAACAUCUUUCUUAACCACUUAUCCUGUACAGGGUCACAGGGGGCUGGAGCCUAUCCCAGCAUGCACCGUUUGUAAGCACUGCAACUAAACAUCUAUUUGUACAGGCAUGUUGUGAAGAUAUUAACCCUGUAGUAUCAGGGACAACAUGAACAAUGGAAGACAGAAGAAUGCCACUUUAAACAUUUGUUUAAUCGGACAGUCAGACGGCUGAAGCUAUGAACAAAGUCAAAAUGUAAUUUCGGCCAAGGGUGAACAAAUGGAAGUGAUUAAUGCAUGUUUCAACAUCUGUUGUGGAACGACUGUCUUUCCUUUUUUUGUGAAAGUACUUCCUGUAUUCCAGUGAAACAGACUUCGAUGUGUAAAAUCAGUUGCCCUUUAAUUUCAUUAGUGCCAUCUUGUUGUACCCGCACAUGAGUUGAUUUGUGGUAAUUGAAGUUCCUGCUGGUUUUUUAACCAAAGCACCCAACCAUGCUUUCCUGUUCCAGCUGGUCCAUGAGCAACAUUACAACGAUCACCGAACAACCAUCUGAUCAUAAUUAAACAUGAAAUUAGCCUUAUAGCCCAUUGUUUGCAGGAAAGUGAUGAUUAAAUACGAUGUUAAAUAUUAAAAGGUAAUCCCAGUGGUGGUGCAGAACCACUUUAUAACGGAAAUUAAAGGCUAAUUUCAGGCCAUUAUCGCUGAUCCUGUUAUGUAAAUGUCACACUGACUAUGAUUACAUUAACAAAGGUUAAAGCUUUGAAUCAUCAUACUUUAAAUAACAGCCACAUGUGCAUCUGCAAUACACUGUCCAAGCGUUGAGUAUGCAUCUGUUAUAACACCAAUUAAUUUCUGUGUCAGUGAAAGUAGUUUUUUCUGUAAAUCCAAAUGAACAUGUUGACCUGUUUCUGUUCGCAUGGACGUAAGUGUUGCUCUUGUGCAUCUAGUCCAUCAUGUUGGCCUUGCUAUGAAAGGGUAAUGAUGUUUUGAGCAUCUCAAACACCAAAUUGAGCCAAGUAAACGGAACAAUUACAAUGUUUAAAGGUUGUGAUGUUAAUGCUAACAGUUCCACUUCUGAUCCAAAUGAGCAGGGCGUAUGUCUGUAGGUGCAGUUUGAUGCUGGUCUUUCUAAAAGAGCAAGUGGCAUUGGUAUUGCUAUAUUCAUUUUUUGUCCACAUUCUGAUAGAAUCUCUAAACACAUAGCUCCUGUAAUGUGCUGUUGGGUGAGAUCUGUAUGUGAAGCAUGUUAUGUUUGGUAGUCAUCUAACAAGUCCAUUAAGAGUUCAUCCAAACGGCACUCACCAUCAACUGAACACUAUCGGCCGAAGCACAUCAGAGGCAACGAAUUAAGCACCAGAAUUCACUGGAAUCAUAGUUUAAAAGACUGACUUAAUGCCUAACAGCAACAUUACACAGUUUUUGUUUGUCAGAUAAAUUAACACUACAUGCCAGCAAGUAUUAUCACUCUGCUGCUACGUCCGAACAUUAAUGUGUCUUUCCUGUCAGUCAGAAUGUCCACGUUUAUCGUCAUUAGACUUCCGUUUUUUGUGUCGUCUGCUAAACUCACUUUGCUUAUCUGUGCUGUCAGAUGUUAAGUAAAACAUGUGACACGGUAAAUGUUUUGUGACAGUGUGAAUAAGUCCAGGAGCUUCAUGGUGUAUAAGCAGUUUAGCUAAUUUGUAAAACAUUUUAAAUCACAGACAUCAAUUUAUUACAAUUCCAUCUCAAUAAAAACGUUGUCUGUAAAA